UGAUGUGAGGGGCGGCUGAUUGUCCAUCAUGACGUCCUUGUAGAGAUCCUUGUGUCCUUCUAAAUACUCCCACUCCUCCAUGAAGAGAUGGUCAGUGACACCCUGACACCUUAUAGGAACCUGACACACACAAUGAUACAGUCACCAUCCAGACACAUCCCUUGUCUGUUACUAGAGAAUGUCCCAGAAUUCCCGGCACCGCUCACCUCUCCUGUCAGCAGCUCCAUCAUCUUCUCUGUGACUUCUAGAAUCUGCUGCAUGUUAAUCUCCUCAGGGUCAGCAGCAAAUGAUCUCCAGGGUGAGGUUUAGUAUCUUCUCAGUCAUGUGACUCCGGUCCUCCUCCAUCCUCAUUGGUGCCAUCAUGUGAUCUAUACAGGUCUCCUUGUAGACGGAUAACUUUGGGAAAUGAAAGUAAGAAUGAUUUGGAUGGUAUUGGUCACACAAUAAUAGGAUGUGGAUGUGAGGGGGGAUAGGAGGGUUGAUGGACAUUUAAGGACUACUGCCCCCAU